AUGGCGUCCGACGCGGUGCAGGCCGCCAUCGAGAACGAGCGCCUGCUCCGCAAGCGCUACAUGAGCGAGAGCGAGACGAACCUCGGCCCCGCGCUGUUCGAGGCGAUGCGACGCUUGUACAGCAUGCCCGAACUCCCCGCGAACCCGUACUUCUUCGUCGCGACGCAGCUCACCGCGCACAGCUCGCACGGCAACGACAGCGUGUGGGAGUGGGACGACGAGGAGGUGUACUGGAUGCUCGAGGACGUCGAGCUCGUGGACGGCAACGCGCACUGCUGCAAGCUCGUGCGAUGGGGCGACGCGUGGGGGUUACCGCACGUCCUGCGCGGCGCGGACCGCGAAGGUCUGACGGACAUGCGCGCGCUGCUGUCCAAGUUCCCGAGGGCGUUGUUCCCGGGCGGGGACCCGCAACCAGACCCGAGGAACCCGGACAGCGUCUUCACGGUGAUGACGUCGCUGCAGGAGGGGUGCCUCCAUCACCGGCGAUGGCAGGGCGCGCCGUCGAGGAUCGGGCUCAGGCACGACGUGCUCGUGGACGCGCCGGACAUGGUCAGCGCGGUGCAAACGUUCGCGGAUCACAUCGUGGACACCGUGGAGAGGGUCGUGGAGGCGUCCGAGGCGAACAGCACGAAGGGGGUGCUGCUGACGCCGUCGUCGCCGAGCGAGAACUGGACGUGGGCGGCGCAGGCGCGUUCUAGUAUCCCACACCGGUCCCCGUACGACCGCGUCCGCGUGGUGAACGUCGAUCCUUAA